AAGGUUUAAUAACCAAUCUCCAUUUUGUUAUCUAACUCUUACCUUCAGCAUAUCCUAUUCCAGUACUACUAUUAGCCAUGAAACUUAAUAACCUCAUUACUUGUUCUGCUUUUUGGCUUACUUUUUCUUUCCUGCAUUUGACGGUGUCAUACCAUGCCAUGAGUACCAAUGCCUUAGGAAACGAAACUGAUAGAAUUGCUUUGCUAAAAUUCAAAGAAUCAGUCUCUGAUGACCCUUAUGGAGUGCUGAGAUCCUGGAAUGAUUCCACUCACUUCUGCAGCUGGAAUGGAGUAACAUGUGGUCACAGACAUCAAAGAGUAACAGGUUUGAAGUUACGAGACUACAAAUUGAGUGGUAAUAUAUCACCUUACAUUAGAAACCUCACAUUUUUGAGGUCCUUUAACCUAAUGAACAAUAGCUUCUUCGGUGAAAUCCCAUACCAAGUUUGUCAUUUAUCUCGAUUACAAAAUUUGGCUCUCAGUUUGAAUAAGUUACAAGGUGAAUUGUCAUCAUUAAACCUGAGUUAUUGCUUGGAACUUAAGAGAGUUAAAUCUUGGAGAGAACAGACUUACAGGGCUAAUUCCCACUGAGCUUGGCUCUCUUGCCAAGCUUUCAUUGAUUAAUCUUGAGAAGAGCAACCUCACAGGAAAAAUUCCACCUUCACUGACCAAUAUUUCAUCCCUUGAGGUGUUUUAUGUAAUGGGAAACAAUCUAGUAGGAACUGUUCCAGAAGAGUUUGGCAAGUUGAAAAAGUUGAAAGCCUUUGUAAUAGGGUCUAAUGACCUAUCUGGUAUGAUUCCUCCUUCACUUUACAACAUAUCAUCUUUGACCAUUGUCUCAAUUUCAGAUAACCAAUUUGAAGGUACUCUUCCUCCCUACAUAGGUCUUCAACUUCCCAACCUAAAAAUAUUUUAUAGUGGUGCUAAUGAGUUUUCAGGGACAAUCCCAGAAUCAUUUUCAAAUGCUUCUAAGCUUGAAAUAUUUGAAGUUUCUAAUAAUCAUUUUGUAGGAAAUGUUCCAUCUAGUUUUGGCAUCAAUCUUCCACGUCUUAGGCACCUCAAUUUAGAGAAAAAUUAUCUAGGACAGUACUUACCCAAUAGCUUGGAUUUUAUUACAUCUUUAAAAAAUUGUAGUCAAAUGGAAAUGUUGUCCUUGGCAGCAAACAACUUUGGAGGUCCUAUACCAAAAUCUUUAGCUAAUUUGUCAACUCAAAUCACCGAACUUUAUCUUGGAGGCAAUCAAAUUUCUGGAAUUAUUCCUCCAACAUUAAAAACUCUGGUAAAGUUAAUCGUCUUAACCAUGGAAUCUAAUCUGUUGGAAGGUGUCAUUCCGACCUCUUUGGGGAACCUAAGGUUCUUACAAAUUCUUCUAUUGAAUAACAAUGCAUUAUCAGGAAAGAUACCUUCAUCCUUAGGAAACCUCACCCAACUCUUCCUUCUUAAUUUAACAAAAAAUAAUUUAGAUGGAAGCAUAACACCUACCAUUGUAGACUGCCAAAAUCUGCAGCAACUUGGACUUUCACAAAAUAGUCUGAGUGGAACUAUUCCAAAGGAAAUUUUUGGCUUGCCUUCACUUCUUACACUAGACUUAUCAAGAAACUCACUCAAUGGGAGCCUACCAAUGGAAGUGGGGAAGCUUAAGACUAUCAAUACACUUGAUCUUUCUAAGAACCAUUUGACCAGUGAAAUUCCAGGCACAAUUGGAGAUUGUAGCAGUCUCGUAUCACUUUCCCUACAAGGGAACUUCUUUCAAGGAAUUCUUCCUUCUACUUUGCCUUCUCUUAGAGGUCUGGUUUACCUGGACCUGUCACGAAACAACCUCACAGGAAAAAUUCCUAAGGAUUUACAGAAACUUCAAUUCUUGAAUUAUUUGAAUCUUUCUUUCAAUGAGCUUGAGGGAGAGGUACCAGAAAAAGGGGUGUUUGAAAAUACUACUGCAAUAUCACUUGUUGGAAAUGGAAAACUUUGUGGUGGGGUACCGAUGCUACAACUUCAACGAUGUCGAAAAGCCAUUGAAUCCAACAAACAUGGAAAGAUGAAAGGUCUCAAGUUGAUAAUCAUAAUUGUUUGUGUGAUUGCAUUUCUUCUUCUAUUUGCAUCAUUGUCAUUUCUGUUUUGGAGGAGGAAAUCAAUUAGGAGAUCAUUAUCAUCAUCAAAGUCUGAACUCUCAUCAAUCAGCUUUCUUUCAAAGGUUUCAUACAAGAGUUUACACCAGGCCACCAAUGGAUUCUCUCAAAGCAUGUUGAUCGGAACAGGCAGCUUUGGCUCUGUGUUCAAAGUCAUACUUGAUCAAGAAGAAAAUGUAGUUGCUGUAAAGGUUCUCAAUCUAAACCAAAAAGGAGCUUCCAAGAGUUUCAUUGCUGAAUGCAACGCGUUGAGAAAUAUUCGACACCGAAAUCUUGUUAAGAUUUUAACAUGUUGCUCAAGCAUUGAUUUCAAUGGUGAUGAUUUCAAAGCAUUAGUGUUUGAGUAUAUGAGAAACGGGAGCCUAGAUAAAUGGUUACAUGGAGAAAACCAAUCAAGGGGUUUGAAGUUUAUUCAGAGAUUAUCUAUAGCUAGUGAUGUAGCCUCUGCAAUAUGUUAUCUUCAUGAUCAUUGUGACCAUCCAAUCAUUCAUUGUGAUUUGAAACCAAGCAAUGUUCUCCUUGACAACGAGAUGGUGGCUCAUGUUAGUGAUUUUGGAUUAGCUAAGCUGAUCCUUAACACCAAUCAAGUGUCUGAAACUCAAACCAGCACAAUUGGAAUGAAAGGCACCAUUGGUUAUGUCCCUCCAGAGUAUGCCAUGGGCGGUGAGCCAUCAAAGCAAGGGGACAUGUACAGUUAUGGAAUUUUAGUGUUGGAGAUGUUUACAGGAAGGAGCCCAACUGAUGAAUCAUUCAAGGAUGAUCUGAAUCUCCAUAACUUUGUUAAGAUGGCAUUGCCAGAAAGAGUUGAUCAAGUAGUGGACUCUACUCUUCUAAGUGGAGAAGCUGUAGAAACUACAGUGACAAGACAAAACUACAACAACAGAGGAACUAAUGAAAUUUACACAGAAGGAGAAGUUAAUAUUAGUUUUGAGAGCCCAAAUCUGUUCAAGUGCUUGACUUUAGUCUUGGAGGUUGGACUUGCAUGUUCAAUAAAUUCACCAAGUGAAAGAUUGAAAGUAGAAGAUGUGAUCAAAGAGCUACAACAUAUUAAAAAUGCUUAUCAAGAACACAGACAACAGACCAGACCAACUAACUAAGAGACUUGCCUACUUACUAUAUCGACACACUGACGUGAUUUGCGUGGGAGACUGAAAUUUUCUUGAACAAAGUCAGAGUAAUGUGAAAAUCUCUUGUCAUUUUCACGAGUACCCUUCAACAUUUGUACUCAGACCAUUUUUUAUGUGAACUUUAAUAUUUAGAUGAAUGUUUAUUUAUUCGGUUGGUUUUCUUUUGUUAA